CACAAGGCGAUCGGCUGCAUAAAUUCCGUCGGCACGAAGAUCAACGCCUGCAUGAAUGGGAUCCGUAGCGGUCUGCAGAAGGCCGUUGUCAAGGCGCCUAACCAGGACAUCCUCCACUACGCAUGCUGCUCGUACGGUGAUCUGGUUGACUGCCUCGAGCCGGUGCUGACGCCUUGCGAAAAGGUCAGGGGCAAGGAGUUCACGCUCAAAUUGAUGGAGAAUGUGUUCGGGGAGGCCCUGGAGCUGGUGUGUGGAAACUACAAAAGGGAAUCCGAGGCCUGCAAACAUCUGCCGAAGCUGCCUGCGCUUGGUCCGAAAGAUAGCAAGCUCGAGAGCUACAUUGAGCUCCUCAUUGAGACUGCCACCACAUUCGGCCGCAGAAGUUAG